AUGCUUACAUCAGCUGUGAGACGCUUUGACAGAGGGGAUCCGGCUGGUUUGGACCCAUUUGGACACAGAGUCCAGUUGGCAGAUAUGGUGAGGCACAGCAUGAUGAUGACAGAGGUGCAGACCUUCCAGCACUCUCUCCAGGGUAACUCCCUGGCUGUGGGCCAAGUGGGACAGAGUUGUGGAGCAACUCAGGAGAACGGGGUCGCUUCAGACGAGAGACAGCACCUUUCCCAAGGCCCAGCAGAAAUUGAGAAAAGCCAGCCAGUGAAUAUCCCAGAUGCAGCUAAAAGAAAAAAGAAGAAAAGAACCAGAGCGACGGACAGCUCCACAGGCACUUUUGAUGAUCUCUACAAACUGACAAACGAGGUGCUCGGUCAGGGAGCUUAUGCUAAAGUUCAAGGAUGCAUAAGUCUGCAGAAUGGACAGGAGUAUGCUGUGAAGAUCAUAGAAAAGAGUGCAGGUCACAGCCGCAGCAGAGUCUUUCGAGAAGUGGAGACUCUCUACCAGUGUCAAGGAAACAUCAACAUUUUGGAAUUGAUCCAGUUCUUUGAAGACAGCUCCUGCUUUUAUUUAGUAUUUGAAAAGCUGCGUGGCGGUUCUAUUCUUACACACAUCCAGAACCGGAAGUACUUUGAUGAGCUGGAGGCCAGUAAGGUGGUCAGGGACAUUGCCCUAGCUCUUGACUUCCUACACACUAAAGGCAUUGCCCACAGAGACCUUAAGCUGGAGAACAUCCUUUGUGAAUACACUGAUCGGGUGUCCCCAGUAAAGAUCUGUGAUUUUGACUUGGGAAGUGGAGUGAAGCUCAGCAGUGCCUGUACGCCCAUAACAACUCCAGAGCUCACCACACCGUGUGGCUCAGCAGAGUACAUGGCUCCAGAGGUAGUGGAGGUGUUCACUGAUGAGGCCUCCUUCUACGACAAACGCUGUGACCUUUGGAGUCUCGGGGUCAUCCUCUACAUCCUUCUGAGCGGCAGCCCCCCCUUCACAGGCCACUGUGGUAGCGACUGUGGCUGGGACCGGGGGGAAACCUGCAGAACCUGCCAGAGUCACCUGUUUGAGAGCAUCCAGCAGGGCAAGUAUGAGUUUCCAGACAAGGACUGGGAACGCAUCACAGAGGGGGCCAAGGAUCUCAUCUCCAAGCUGCUGGUUCGGGACGCAACUCUGCGCCUCAGUGCUGCUAAGGUCCUCAAACACCCUUGGGUGCAGGGGAACGCUCCAGAGAGAGGUCUUCCAACCCCUCAUGUUCUACAGAGGAACAGCAGCACCAAAGACCUGAGCCAGUUUGCAGCAGAAGCCAUCGCCUUCAACCGGCAGCUAUCCCAGCACGAUGAGCAGCAGGAAGACGUCGGAGCCAUCGUUUGCUCCAUGAGGCUUUCUCCUCCAUCCAACUCCAGACUGGCCCGCAGACGGGCGCAGACCAACUCCAUGCGCGCCAGCGACUUCGCACCCGCAUCGGACGACCUCACAGCCUGAAGGACCAGUGCAAGUCCCCCUUGUCUUUUCUCCUGACUGAUUUUAGCCUCUGCCUGCUCCUUGUGUGUGUGUUUUUUUGUUUUCACCUGGAGCCUUGUAGGAUCAGCCACACAGUAACUGUUCUUGGUGUUAAAGCUCUUUCCCGAUGGCCAGUAAUCGUAUCACCUAGACAGAGUUUGAGCACCACGGGGACAGUUAAUCGACGGCUGCCACCUCCUAAUUGAAAACAUAGUUGAAACUCCUGAGAUUUGUCCAGGAAACGUUUUAAUCUGCCUGAAGAGCUGUUUACCUUGAGAAUAGCUUUGGGUUUACUUUUACAGUUGGUUUUAACAGAGUUAUUUAUUUUCUAUUCAGUGAUGAUUCAAAUUUUACAAUGAGUCCAAUUCAGCAGCUCUUAAUGCCAGUAUUUUAUAUUGAAUAUCUAAUCAAUGCAUAUCAAUAUCAACACGGCGCUACAUGGGUUCAGCACAGUUUUGCAGCUGUUGCUGUCCUAAUGCAAUAUUAUCUAAUGUUGAUAGAUUUUAUUUUUCUUGUCGUCCAACUGCGAAUUGGUUCAUAUUUCAUGUAAAUGUUACUUAUUGCUACUCAGUCACUGGAGGGAAGGGAUAUUUUAUUUUUUGCUUUUUAAAGCAUGUCAGUGUACGUGAUCUGAUGUGUGAGGAUGUAUGUGGUUUCAAUGAUAAAAAUUGACUACACUUAGAGGAGACCGUUAUUUUACCUUAAAGGGAUUGUUCUGGUGUUUUGUAGUGGGGCUGUAUGAGGUACUUAUCCAUAGUGGGUGUAUUAAUUACAGUAGAUGAAGGUCGGCACGCCCCCGGCAUCGAGAAACAGACAGGAGUUCUGGCACCAGAGCAAAGCAAUACAGUGCUGUGGAAGGAGAAG